AAUAAAAUUCUUCAAUCUAGAGUUUCCACUGGGAAGUGUGUACAUCAGAUUUAUCUACGCACUUAUGCUGCCACAAGGAAAUCAUAGAUCCCAAUUUCCGAGUUCCCGGUGAUUCCACGUCGACCCUGCGGUUGCCGUCCGGCCAUCAAACUCGCCAUCGAUCGUAGAGGUGCUCGACAAAAAGCCUCAAAGAACCGUUGAAACUAGGAAACAAGAAAAUUCUUGAGUUAUUUAUACCCAUAUGUUCGUAGCUCUAUGAUUAGCAAAAGAUGUGGAGGCGACUAACUGCACUCUCCCAGCGCUUUACUUCAUCAUCUAAACCUUGUCAUCGUCAGAUUCGACCAGCUGAUGGGGGUACACAUUGGCAAGAGUUUUGUUCUGAUGCUCACAAGCAGGCUGAAGGUGGAAUCUCUUCCCAGAAAAAGACCCCGUUUAUAGCUUUUGUUCUAGGUGGUCCCGGUAGUGGAAAGGGCACACAGUGUAUGAGAAUAGUUGAUACCUAUGGGUUUACUCACAUAAGUGCUGGAGAACUAUUAAGGAAAGAAAUGGAUUCCAAUAGCGAAUCCAGUGAUAUGAUUCAGAAGAUUAUGAAUGAAGGAAAAAUUGUUCCAUCAGCGGUGACUGUCAAGCUACUUCAAAAGGCCAUUGAAUCAGGUGAAAAUGAUAGGUUUCUCAUUGAUGGUUUCCCAAGAAGCGAAGAGAACCGCAUAUCAUUUGAGCAAACAAUUGGUGCUGAACCAAAUUUUGUGCUUUUCUUUGAUUGUCCUGAAGAAGUGAUGAUCAAACGAGUACUGAACCGUAAUGAGGGACGACCAGAUGACAAUGAAGAUACCAUAAGAGCACGUCUGAAAACAUUCAGAGCUGUGAGCUUUCCUGUAAUUGAAUACUAUGCCAAGAAAGGAAAGGUUUACAAGGUGAGUUAGGCUAAUGCCUGCUUGACAUGUAUACAUCCAAAUUAUCCAAUGUGUGUCUUGUUAUAUACGGAGUAUGUUCACUUCAAUGAACAUCUUUCUGGACAACAAUUUUGCUUGCAAUUGUUUCAUCUAGAUUGAUGGUACCGGAACAGCGGAUGAGAUAUUUGAACGAGUCCGCCCCAUUUUCUCAGCAUUUAGGUAAGAAGGGUGUACAUGAAUAAAUUCAAUCUUGUUCAUGAUUGUUGGUUUACAUGAGAAUAAAUGAAUGGUUUUUGACUUGGCAGCCCGGUGCACAAAGCGUCACCGCGCUUCGCGAGGGUCUAGUGAAGGGUCCCACAGUUAUGGUUUCUUGAUGUUCCUAACAAUAAAGGAUCCAUGGGAUCACAUACAAAUUUACUUCUUUUCUGUGCAUAAAAUGUUCACCUUCAAUGGAGGUUAAACAGAGUGGCUUUUAGCCUUUUACUCAAGCUGUUCUUGAGUGUUCAUUUAUAGAGAAAUUGAUUUGAAUAAUUUUCAGUUUGUUGG